AUGGAUAGUGAAUCAACAAAUGAUUCUGACGAAUUAAUUAAAUAUCUUGGAGAUCGUAUUGAAGAAUUUGAACGUGCUCUUCUUGAUGAUGAAGAUUUUUGUAAUAAAGAUAUUGAUUCAACAUAUGAAAGUGCAUCGAAAUAUAUAAAAUCACUUGAAAAGAAAUUUCAAGAUAAAUUAAAUGAACUGAAAAUUAAACUUGAUCAAAUUCGUGAAGAAAAUCUAAAUAAAUCAAAACAAAAUAAGAAAGAAUUUGAUGAUGAAAUCGAUGAAGUUAAUGAGCUAUUUUUAUCUGGAAAACAUCAAGAAGCUAAAGAUAAAUUGCAUGAUUAUGAAAAACAUUUUGAACAACGAACAACAGUGAUUAAUACUAUACCAAAAUUAUAUACGAAUGAUAUUGAUAUUAAUCGUUAUUUUUCGAUUGAUAAACCAAUAAAUAUAUUAAUUGAUAAUAAACAAGAUAUAUUAGUAAAUACAAAACAAACAGAUCUUGUCAAGAAGGAAACUGAAAAUCUGAAUAGAGAAGAAUAUCAUAGAACAUCAUUUGAUGUACGAUAUAAACGUUUCGAAAGUCAACCAGCUUUAACAAACAAUAAUCCUAUUACCAAAGAAACAAAAUCUCCUGUAUCAAAUGCUCCUUCACGUUCAUUUAGUAUCAGUACACGACUAUCAUCACCUAAUAGCAAAAGUUUACCUACAGGUGAUCGUGAUUUAAAUACUCCAUCGUCAGUACAAAGUAAUAAUGUAAAUGCUCGUGAAAAUAUUAGUAGACAAAUGCAUGUACGAUCGACACCAUCUUCACCAAAUGUCAUUCCAGUAUUAAAUCAUCGAUCAAUCGUACCUGCAAAAAUUACCAGAGUAGAAAGUUUAACUACAAAUUUGGUAACUCAAUAUAAACAUGAUCAGAAUACAUCAUUAUUAAUGGCAUGUAAUAAAACUUAUAUAAUUCUUUUCAAAAGUCAACUUAAUCGAACUACUCAAGGUAAUUUAAGUGCUAUUGUACGUUAUAAUAAAAGAGAACAAAAUCUUGAUUGGGAUGAUGAUUUAAUGGUAUCAAUUGGUUCGAUUGAUAAUACUAAUCUUUAUAUAUUGACUAAAUCUGAUUUUGUCCUCUAUUCACUGGAUUCAUUUGAUAAAAUCAAUUCAUGGGCAUUACCAAAUAUUAAUAAUCAUAAUUUAAUAUCCAAUGAUACAACAAGUGGUGUUGGUACUGUACAUAAUAAUUAUGUAUAUAUUAUCUCUCGUAACAAUGACUUUCAUUGGAUGUUAUCACUAUUUGAAUUUAAAACAAUGAUUCAUUUAUAUGAUUAUAAUUUAACACAAAUGUAUUCUGAAAUUAAACGUUUUAUACAUAUUUGUGUUAAUGAUACGACAAUGAGUUUUCUUGUUGAAAUGAAUAGUUCACAAUAUACUGUUAUAUUUUGUACUCUUGAUAAUGAUUCAAAAUUUGAACCCAAAAAAUUAAUUCAAUUAUUCUAUGCUGAACGUCCGUUAACAAUUUGUUCAGUAUAUAUGAAUACUUUACAAAAACAUUUAUUUUUUAUAAAUGAUCCAUCAGCUAAAAUAAUUCAUAUAUUAACCAUUGAAAAAUAUAUACAAUCUUAUUCAUUAAUAGCUAAUGCAUUAUGUUAUAUAAAAGACAAUCAUGAAUUAAUAUUUGUAUCUAAUGAUGGAAUACAUUCUAUUAAGUUAAAUGAACAACAAAAUUUUUUUUCUAAACUUCGCUUAAAUUAA